CGCGUUCGCAACUGCAAAUCCCAGGGUUUGCGUCGCCAGCAUGGUCCUCCCUCACACAGCCAAUCAGGCACGCAUCGCCAACGCAUCCGCUCUUACACAACGGAGGGGCUGAAACCCCACAAUCCACGCCACAUCACAACCAUCUUUGCCCCUCUUCCUUUCUCUGUUACUUGACCUCUCACAGAAGAAGGUAUGCAAGAGAACGAUCCCACACAGUACGACGCCCUCGUGGCUGCAGGUCUGCAGUAUCUGGCCUCCACGCCCAACUCAAAGCCCUACGCAGACCGCCAGGCUUCUUACUGGGCGGCUAACGUCCCCAUGCAUCCCAAUUGCAUCGUCCAGCCUCGUAAAAUAGAGGAUGUAUCGCGCAUCGUCCGAGUGCUUGCCAAAGUCGACGGCCCCCUUGCCCUCCGUAGUGGUGGUCAUACCCAGUGGCGGGAUCCAACGAUGUCAAAAACGGAGUUACAAUCGACCUUGGUCGAAUGACUGGAGUAACUUACGACGAACAGACGAAGCUGGCCUCGAUUCAGCCCGGAGUCCGAUGGCAUGGCGUUUACCAGGAGCUCUUGAAGCACCAUGUCUGUGUCACUAGCGGCCGCGAUGGUAACGUUGGGGUGGGUGGCUUCCUGACUGGAGGAGGCAUAUCGUAUCAUGCCGGAGAGAAUGGAUUAGGCUGCGACAACGUAGCCAACUUCGAGGUCGUUCUCGCUUCUGGGGAAAUCAUUAACGCGAAUGCCAACUCGCACGCUGACCUCUGGAAGGAAUUGAAGGGUGGCUCAGGGAACUUUGGCAUUGUUACGCGUUUUGAACUUUACACGUUCCCAGCGCCAGAUGUUUGGGGUGGUCCUCGAAUCACAACCAGAGACCAGGGCGAUAAGCUUGCAAAGUGGACGGUCGAUUUUACGAACGAGAACCACAAAAUGCCGCAUACUGCGACAAUCCUGAACUAUACCUUCAAUCUUGGAUUACCGGGAAUGAUUUCCAUCGUCCAGAUGCUUGUGGACACCAGCGGAACAACCGAAUCACCUGCAUUUGACAGCCUUUUAAAGGAACCAGCUGUCCACAGUGUACUGGAGAAGCAGAGCAUGGCACAGCUUGUUGCAAACUCAACUCUAAGACCUAAUCAGCAUCAAAUAUGGUUCACACUCACGUUCAAGAACGACGUCGAAAUCAUCAAACAUGCCGCGGAACUGCACGAUGUGAUGGUAGACGAGCUCAAGAGCCUGUUACCAAGCGAUCACUUUUCCACCCAAUGUAUCUUCCAACCCUGGCCAAAACUUUUCGCUCAACACUCUGUUAGAAGAGGGGGCAAUGUACUGGGUCUCGAUUACGUCAAGGAGAACUCGCUGUUGUGGGCGGUCGUUGGCUCAACAGACACUGCCGCGGAGCAUGCAAUCAUGCGGGAGAAGCUGACGAUCUUCAAGACCGCGCUAGAGGAGUUUGCGAGAUGUGGAAAUCUCUUGAUGGACUGGCAAUAUCUGAACUACGUCGACGAGACGCAGCGCCCGCUUGAGAGCUACGGCGAGAAGAACAUAAACUUCAUCCGCGAGGUUGCUCUGAAGUACGAUCCCACUGGCAUGUUUCAGGCCAAGAUAGUGUCAGGUUGGAAGAUAUCGAAGGUUGGCAUUUGAGAUUAUAGGUCUAGAGAGGAGGUAUAAUGCGCUGUAUAAUUAAGUCAAAUCACAUCCAUAGCACACAAGAAAGUUUACACCAACUACGACAAAUGCCU